GUCAUUGGUAGGUCAUUUCGUGUGCAGAUGAUAACAACUGGUUUCUAGUAGAUUACUCAUCACUUAGUUUGUUUCCUUAACGAAAGUUUAUUUUACGUGGACAAAAACUGGUGUUGUUGAUGAAAUCAAAAUCAAAUUCUCUUCUGUCAGUAUUUGAUAAUAGAAAGUUUGUACAUGACUUCAGCAGUUUGACAAAUAAGCUUAUAAUAUGUCGGUUAAAACAAGUUACAACUUCUCAAAAUAAUUACAAGUCAUCUAUCAUUCCAAUCAUUUUUAAGCUAUUUAACAGAAUUUCAACAUUCCAUGACAUUAAAUAACAAGUAAUAGCUGGUUUAUACAGAAAAAUUGCGCAAAAGUGAUACGUUUACUGUGCAAUUUGUGCAGUAAUUGUAGUGGGCACAAAAUGAGGCGAUCGAGAACCGAUCAAAAAUCAGGAUCAUGGAGUCAUAUGGAGAUCGAUUUAACAAAUAAAAAUUUACAAAGAACCAAAAAUUCAUCAUGUAGACGUAUUCGAUAUCAAUCAAAUUCAUUUAAUUCAUUUGCUUGUGAACAAUGUGAACAAAUGGCUGGGACAAUACAAUUAUUUUAUUUGUAUGAAGAUAAAAAUUCAAAGAAUAUGUACAACCUUGAUAAUUCAAAAGAAGACGUAAAGAAAUCACAAACAGCUGAAAGAAUGGUCGAUAAAAUUCACCUUAGUUUUAUAGAUCAUCCAGUUGGACAUGUAAAGAUUAAAAAUUUAAAUAAUUGGGAUUUUAACAUUUUUCAUUUAAAACGAAUAACUUCUAAUUAUACCAUUCGUGAUAUUGGUCUACAAAUAAUGAAUGAAUAUGAUUUAUUUCAUAAAUUAAAAUUAGACUAUUUCAUGAUGGCUAGAAUAUUCAGCUCUAUAGAAGCAGCUUAUCACAAUUUCAAUCCAUAUCAUACAGCGUUGCAUGCAGCCGAUGUACUACAAGCAAUGCAUUGUUUUAUAUCACAAAGUCAACUUCUGACCAUUUUAAGUCCGACAGAAAUUUUCGCUAGUCUAUUGGCAACCCAGAAAUAUAAUAAAAUAUGA